AUGGCACAACCGAAGCUGACCUUGGCGGAGGUGGAUGGUCUCAUCGAGCGCAUCUUGCUAACGAACUCGCAGCGCUUCACGCAACUGGUCACCGCAAAUGACAUCAAAGCUCUGUGCAACAGCGCCAUUGAAGUUCUUCGUGUUCAGCCGUCUCUUGUGGAGAUCGAUCCGCCGGUGGUCGUAUGCGGUGACAUCCACGGACAGUUUUCUGACUUGAUGCGCAUCUUCUCUCGAGUUGGCUUUCCACCGCUGAAGAACUUCCUCUUUCUCGGAGAUUACGUCGACCGCGGCCGACAAAGCAUCGAGACAGCUGUCCUGCUUCUAGCCUACAAGACAAGAUACCCGGCAAAUUUCUUCCUGUUGCGCGGCAACCAUGAAUGUAGCAACAUCAACCGUGUCUAUGGGUUCCUCGAGGAGAUCCGCCGACGAUUUCCACACGACACUCAAUCGCUCUGGGCCCUAUUUCAAUUGUCCACAGAUUCUGCGGUCUGCGUUCUGUGCACAGACCACAGAACCACAGAAAUUCUGUUUCAAUUAUUCCACAGAUUCUGCGGAAAAAGAAGUCCGCAGAUUCUGUGGAAACAUGCACAGAAUCUGUGGAAACAUCCACAGAUUCUGCAAAACAUCCAAAAACAUGCAAAAACCACAGAAUUCUAUUUCAAUUAUUUUUCUGUGCACAGAAAAAAAUCCACAGAUCUGUGGCUUUUUUAG